AUGAACAAGACCACUGUCGAACAGCUCAUCUUGCCGGCCUCGUUGGACCGUCAUUUCACAGCGGCUGCCGGCAUAUCCCCAACAGGCACAUUCAUCUCCUCUACUCUCUUCGAUCCUCUGUCCAAUCUUUACCUCCUCAACCUCCUACCAUCGAACAGGGAGCCUUCUCUGAUAUUCACCAUGUCCACUCCUCGCGACAAGCGUCAGAAAGUUGACAAAGAGAAAGAAAACCCUACCGCCCCUGAUUUCCAAAGAUUCGUGCCACAUGGAGAUGUUGUUUUCAUCGUCAACAAUGAUAGGCGCGUGCGAGUUCAUUCUACGGUGAUGAAAGACGCUUCACGUGUGUUUGCCACGAUGCUUGGCCCAAACUUCAUGGAGGGCCAAGCUCUGGCUGCCGCCAAUACCGAAACCGACCACUUCGAGAUCGCACUACCUGAAGAAGAAAGUUCCCUUUGCUUUGAGUGGAUAUGUAGAGCUCUUCACUGUCAAUCUGAAACGACGCUCUGGAGCCCUACAUGCGCUGAGAUUGUAAAAGUCUGGUCCAUCAUCGACAAGUACGACAUGAAGCAGAGCAUGCAUCUUUCUGUCAUGUUCUGGACACAAGACAUACUUUCCAAGACUUGUCACUCAAAAGAUAUCUGGCUUAUGGCCUUGAUAUGCUUCCAAAAUCAAGACUCAGCCUCCUACACAACUGCCACCAGGAAACUUCUCUCAGACGGAGGAUCGUUCUUGGCCAGAGCCUCGGAAACUGAAAAGCGGUCUGAGAGCAAUAUGCCAGGGCGUUCUUUGUACAGGCUUGCAGCAAACCUUCAGGCAUCACAAAUUGAGCUACAGCGCAAGGUGGCCAAGUUGGUGUACAAUGAGAUCCCGUCUCUGAUAUAUUCGAACUACUGUCCUACCGCUACCAUACGAACACUCUACUUCGACCAUUUGGUCGAACUCAUGCCCGAAAAUGGGCAUCCAUGCUUCCUGGACCCUGAGGCGCCUCUUAGCCGCGUUGAUCAGGCAUUAUCAAAGCUGGAUAACUGGCUGAGUUACUAUCGAACCGAACAUGAAGUCGAAUGUGAGACAUGUGCUGAGUCCCAACAUGAACUUCGGAAGACAAUCAGGGAUAAGAGGCCGCGGCUUUCAGGCUUGUGUCUUGGUUGUUUCGAAGGGGACAACACAUGUCCUGCGCACAAGAAGUAG